UCGCGGUUCCUGUCCCACGUUACUUCCCCAGCUGGGCAUGAACGGAGCGGGAGAGCCGGAUCCGGGCGGUGGGGGCUACAAGAGGCGUUAUAGAGCCUUGAAACGGAGGCUCAAAUUCCUGAUCUAUGAACAAGAGUGCUUCCAAGAAGAGCUGAGAAAAGCACAAAGAAAACUCUUGAAAGUUUCACGAGAUAAAAGUUUCCUGCUUGAUCGCCUGCUCCAGUAUGAGAAUGUGGAUGAAGACUCAUCAGAUUCAGAGGCAACAGCCUCAUCAGACAACAGUGAUGGAGAGAUGCCAAAAGGGACGGAGCCUCAGUCCCUCAAGAGAAAACAAAGCCCCCAGCUUGGCAGUGCCUCCUCACCAUCGUCCUCAGGUCUUUCUCUCCAGCCAACAUCUGGUUUUGGGCUUCCAGCUUCAGGGACAUCAUCCCCCUACUUAGCCUCUCUGAAUUCACCCACUUAUGUUCCCUUCCCCUCUGACUACUUGGCACUGGGGCCCGAACCUGUUCCCCCCCAGCCUGACAGCAACGCUACUCGCUCUGCCCGGCGGCCGGCAAGGCCCCACACGCUCAAGCUUCCCCUGCCCCCAGCCUCCCACUCGGACUGUUCAUCCGUCGUGGUGGGCUUACCCUUCCCUUCGCCCCGAGGGACUCCCAAGCUGCCACCACCCACCAUCCUCAGCACAGUGCCCCAUCAGAUGUUCAGUGACACCGGGGAGGGCAGUGGCGAAGACCCCCUGGAUGGUGAUGAUGAACUGGUAAUCGACAUUCCGGAGUGACGGUGGCGUCGUUUUGAAAGGACAGAAGUCUCUUGGUUGUGUGCGAGGGGGAUGGUGCCCCAUCAUUUUAUUUUAUUAUUAUUUCUUUGUUUACAGACUCAGGGGGAAAAACAUGCAAAACAGUCAAUAAAUGGGAUUUUGUUUUUGUAUUAAAAGCAUCCAGUUGCAAUUUC